UUUUUUUUGUAGUCUCGCGUGGUUUCGAAGUAAGAGCGUGACCAAACAUGGCAGCUGACGAUUGUCUUGGGUCCGCUGACAAACGUCAGAGACCCGAAAAGGUCGAUUCAGAAGAACAGCCAGCACCUGUAAUGGUUCCUCCUUCGAAUUCGGACUACAACGGAAACACUGACGCAACGGCAGCGGAAGCGACCACCCACAACAACAACAACAACAAUUAUCUUCAUGGUUCUGUGGAAGAAGAAGAUUCGAACCAAUCUCCGGAGGAAAAAAACAAUUCGAAACCGACAACAGCAAGGCAUACGUUAUCAACUGGUGGUGGUGGCGGUGGUGGGGAUAAUGAUGAUGAAGAUAUUGGUGGCGAUAGCGUUGGAGAAAUCAAUAACACUUUGAGAAGACGAGCUGUCCAUGGCGGCGGCGGCGGCGGCGAUGACGAAAAUGCUGUUAACAGUAAUACCAACACUACUACUACUACUACUACUACUACUAGUGUUAAUAAUAGUAGCGGUACAGUUGGUUUUAAUGCUCACAGCAGUAGUUCUGUGAAUGUUUCCGGUAACAAUACGGGAACAACGGCAGAAGUAGCUUCACCAUCACAACAACCACCACCACCACCAUCAUCGUCGUCAUCAUCAUCAUCACCAUCGUCUUCACGUCUUUGUAUCACGUCUACUACUACUACCGCCUCCACCACCACCACCGCCAGCACAACCAACAACAACAACAACACCAGUUUGAAGACUUAUAGUAGUAAUAGUACCGACAGCAACAACCCCGCGGCUUCGGUGCCGACCACAAUGAACGCUCGUGAAUACGCACAAGUGGUCCGGACAUGGUUGUGGCAGUACCAUCAAUGGAACAGUAUGUGUGCAUUCAGCAUGAUGCUACCCUAUUAUGCAAUGGCCACGUUUCCCUACUAUGCAGCUAAUAACUACCCUGGGUUCCCGACCCGGACGAAUUCCGCUUCUUCUGCCUCUGCUACUCCCUCCUCCUCCCCUGCUUACCCUCUGGCCAACACCAACCCUGCCGCCUCGGGCGGCGGAGCCAGCAACAAUAAUAACAACAUGCAAGGAGCUGCUGCUGCCGCCGCCGGUGGUGGUGCCGCGGCCAGAGGGAUGAACGUGAGAAAUGCUGGCCAUGGUGGACCCCACCAAACCCCACUACCAGCGGCAGCGCGACCAGCUGAGCAACCUUUGCGAGCUACUGAAUACAUCAUUCCAUCUCUGUGGAAACGGAUAUUAGCAGAACUGGUUGAUUUCGUACUUUUGUUUUACAUCAAACUAAUAGUGUCCGUAAUGGUCAUGAAACAAAUGGGCUACAUAGACUUAGAUAAAUAUGACCUGGAAUAUAACUGGUAUGUGGCAAUGGAUGACUUUGAUAUCAGCAAAAUGUUUCAUUUUACAUCUGAAAUGAUCUUGUUUGAAUUACUAAACAGAAUCUCUAUAACAAUUGUCGAGACAAUGUGUUUACAACGAGGAAUCGGUGUUGUUGGUGGUUCCACUCCAGGCAAAAGACUUUUAGGUAUGAAAGUUGUGUCGUGUACAGAAAUCUCUGACCUUGGUAAUGGACGAAUACGCGUGACCCCGGCUCAAGAUAUCGGACUCAACAGUGCACUACUGCGAUCUGUCUUGAAAAACUUCACCAUAGCUUUCUUCUUCCCGGCUUGUCUCACGGUUUUCUUCUUCGACCAUAACCGUGCUGCUUACGACGUCCUAGCUGGCAGUAUCGUCGUGCAACCCAUCGAGGAAGCUGGAGAGGUCUAACCGUCUCUCCCCCUAACUUUCGCCUUUGUUUAACUGUUUUAUUGUUUAGUGUUGUCGUUCUUGUUGUUUGGAGAGCAUUUUCCUGAAUUUUUUCCUUCUCAAAACCUGUUUACUUCUAUCUAUGUCUAUCUCUUUAUCUACCUUUCUAUCUCUCUAUUUCUAUCUGUUUCUCUUUGUCUAUUUAUCUCACUACCUAUUUUUUAUUUUUCUAUCUAUCUAUCUCUUUAUCUACCUUUCUAUGUAUCUAUCUAUCUCUACAUAUCUCUCUGUUUAUCCCUCAUCUCUUUAUUUAUCUAUCUAUAAAUCUGCCUGUCUGUCUGUCUCUUUCUCUCUCUCUCCAUCUCUUUAUCUAUCUAUCUGUCUUCAUAUUGCUCUGUCUGUCUAUCUAUCUAUCUGUCUCUCUCUAUAUCGCUCUGUCUGUCUGUCUAUCUAUCUAUCUAUCUCUCUAUAUAUUGCUCUAUCCAUCUAUCUACCUCUUUCCUUCUCCUUCUUCCUUCUUACUUUUUCCUUUGCGUGCAAACACGGAAAAGUGCUUGUGUUUACUAAAUGCGUUUAUGUGUGUCUUGUGUUUGUGUGCAGUGCGUGUGUGUGUUCGUGUGUAUAUUUAUAUGUGUUUUUUGUUAUUGUUAUUGCUUUUUCUUUUGUUAUUUUUUAAUUUAAUUCUUUAAAAAGAUUUUUUAUUUGUUUUUCUCUCUCUUCCCAUCUUUCUUCUUGGUUGUUUUUGUUAUUUUCAGUUUUUUGUUUCUUGGCAGAGAAAAAGAGUUCAAAGUGAAUGAGAAAGUAUGAGUGUGUGUGUGCCUAUAUAUGUAUAUAUAUAUAUAUAUAUAUAUAUUUGAGAAUGUGUAUAAAUAUGUAUAGCUACACAUAUAUGCAUAUAUACACAUGUAUAUUUAUACAUGCAUAUAUAGAUAUAUAUAUUACACACACACACAAAUGUGUGUAUUUGCUAUAAAUUUCUUCUUCUCUUGUAUCUGCUUUAAUAAUAAUAAUAAUA